AUGCACAUCUCCAUCGUCAUUAUCCUAUCUCUUCUCACUGUUUUCACCUCUGCUGUUCCUUCACGUCGCAGCAACAACGAAGUCAAAGUCCAGAUUGUAAACAAUAGAACUGGCCGUUCCGUUUCCAAGACGAUUCCGCUUGACAACCAAAAGCGAGAUGUUGCCCAACUGUUCGGAACAGGGCCCCUCAUUUCCGAUGGAAAAUUUCUCGCCUCAAGUGUCCAGCUGACCAGGCUUGCUCGUGGUGGCCUCUGCCAAAUUACAGACAAAAACGACCAAAUAAUCGCGGAAAUUGAUGAAUGCAACACCUAUGAUGAUUUGGACGGCGAUCACCAAAUUGCCAACCCCAUUGACAUGAAGGGUUCUGUCAUCGUAUGCGGGAAGGAGUAG